AUGGGUUUCAUUGGCCGAGCAGCAGCACACAAGUCUAAGAUCACCAUGCGCAAUGCCAAGAAUCGGCUGGCGUGGUGUCCGCAGUGCCACUCCAGCAACUCCGAUGAUCCCGGAGGCUCUCUAAAAACCAGCAACCGGGAUUCUCCCGCUCUACCGGAGCCGGUGGAAGACAACGACCAACCGGACGAGAGGGCAGAUGGAAGUCUGACAGACGACAAGGAUGACGAAACAGGGUCUUCCUGCUUCGCCCGGGAAGACAGUGAAACACCUGAUACGAAAGCAGCUUGCAAGAAGAAGACCCGCACCGUGUUCAGCCGGAGUCAGGUUUUCCAGCUGGAGUCCACCUUCGACAUGAAACGCUACCUGAGCAGCACUGAGCGGGCGGGGUUAGCCGCCUCUCUACAGCUCACGGAGACGCAGGUCAAGAUUUGGUUCCAGAACCGCAGGAACAAGUGGAAGAGACAGCUAGCCGCCGACAUUGAGGCCACGAGCAUCUCGUAUUCGACUCAAAGGAUUGUCAGGGUUCCUAUUCUGUACCACGAGAACGCAGCACCUGGGACACUGAGCGCAAACCUGGCACAGGUGUCGCCACCCUUCUCGAGUACUGUGAAUUAUCCCGUCUCCCAGUUCACCCACCCCAUGUCUUUUAUAAGAUCACAAAUCACAGGCCUUGUGUGAGACACACAUUAUUGGUGUAUUAUAUGGAAUGAACGUAUUGGACAUGGUAGAGCAGCGUUUACCAAACUCGGUCCUGGGGACUCCAAGGGGUGCACGUUUAGAUUUUUGCCCUAGC